CUCCCAAACUUGUUGAGGAGAAUGAUCUGAGACACUGGAAACCUGAUUUGGCUGGAAAAUUCUCACUUAAAUCUGCAUGACAUUCAAUUCGUGAUCAUCAUGAUGCCUCUAAAGAUCUCCAUGAGAUAUGGUCUUCAGUCAUGCCUGCAUCUACGAAGCUCAUAAGUUGAUAUUCGACAACAUCCUCCCUAUGGAAUCUGUCGUGCAAAGGAGAGGAAUUUCCCUUGCUUCGAAGUGUGUUUGUUGUGCCAAUCACCAGACCGAAUCCCUCAACCAGCUAUUUGUGCAUAGUCCUGCUGGUAAAGGAACUGGCCUGAAAGGAGAAAUCAUUGCGCUAUCGACGGGUGCAUUUUGCUUGCAUCCUACUAGUGCCCAGACUGAUACAAAAACACCUUGUGGCCUUGAUUUGGAAACAUGCUUCUUACUGGCAACUGCAUCAAAAAUGGAAAGAAAUGAAUUAUUACCUCAAAGCUGCAGCUCUCUGUCUACCAUUGUUACCUUGACACAAAUUUUUGGCUGAUUACUUAUCGAAGCUUGAGGAACUUCACUCCUACUAUGAUCUCUAUGAACUUCCUUUGGCUGUGCAACUUCUCAUCUGGCAAGAUAAGAUGGGAGUUGGUUGUAGACGUGGUCACUAAUUACUGUUUAGCUUUCUUUUUUGUUUUAACUUUCAGGAGUCUUAUUUGGCUAUGGCUCAUAUUUUGUAUUUUGUCUAUGCUAUGCACUUCUGGGGUCCUCAUCUAUUUGUGGCACUCUUGGAAUUGUAUGAGUCAUACACUACUAGAGGAGCAUUUUUUGUACUAAGCUUACUUAUGUGUGUGUGUGUGUAAGACAUGACAAUGGUUUAGUUGGGAAAAAUAUGCAACUGUUGAUUUUAGGCAGAAAAAGACAGCAGUACCAUAUAGCUAUAAAGGAAAUUAACCCUUGCAUGAAAAACGCAAACAAGCAAAUGAUCAUAUUCUCCAUGUUAAGCAACUCGGAAGAGUUAGAUUGUUUCAAUUUGAGCGUCAUUGAUGAUCUGAGGUUCAUAAACUUUUCCCACAGUAGAAGUGCUGUCUGGUAUCCCAGCUUGAUGCAUGUUUAUGCAGGAACUCCAAAGAAGGAGAUGUGAGUCAUUUCAUUCUGUUGAUCUUAUGACGGUCCGCAGCCAUAGUAGUAUCGAAUCAAAGUUACAAGUCUUUAGCUUUGCUCUCACCAAACAUCACAUUAAACCUGUUAUGUCUAUACGAAGUGACUUCAAAUUGCAUUCCCUUCG